AUGGCAACCAAAGCCAUUCUCACAAUCAACGAUGCAUCGCUCUCAGACCGCAGCGACGACAUCGAGCUCGCGGCUGACUGUUCCCGCCACCAUGCCAAGUCCAAGCCUAAACUCGAGCGCACCGUGAUGCGCAAGAUCGACCGCUGGCUCGUAGGCUUCUACUCGCUCGUGUACGUGUUCCGGGUGAUCGACUCGGCCAACUACUCCAACGCGGCCAUCAUCAACCUCGAGAACGGAACGGGGAUCAAGAAGCAGCUGGGGCUGACCCCCUCGCAGUGGGCCUGGUCCCUCUCCAUCUUCUCCUACAGCUACAUGGUCUUCGAGCCGACCAAUACCCUCGCCAUGAAGGUGUUCUCCCCCUCGCGCUGGAUGUUCGUGCUUAUUCUUGGCUGGGGCGUCUGCGCCUGCUCGUCGGCGGCGGCGCAGGAUUUCGGGGGCAUGAUGUGCGUUCGAUUCGCCAUCGGGCUUGCAGAGGCAGGCUUUUUCCCCGCUGUGCUCUACCACAUGGCUUUUUGGUACAAGCCUAGCGAGAUCCCGCAGCGGAUUGCCAUAUUUUACUCGGUAGGACAGCUUUCUCCGGCCGUGAGUGGUCUGCUGGCUUAUGCCAUUGGUUUCAUGGACGGGCUAGGAGGUCUCGCCGGCUGGAGGUGGCUUUUCCUCCUCGAAGGACUCCCUGCCAUCCUAUUAUCAGUGGUGGCAUUCUGGCUGCCAGACUACCCCGAGACCGCGCGGAUGCUCACGGACGACGAGCGAGCAUUUCUCCAGGGCCGGCUGGGAGAUACUGCGCCGACGGGCAAGAAAGGGCACUGGGAUUUCGAGUCGCUGAAGAAGCUGGGCAGGGAUCCGACUUUCUACACGUUUUCGGCGUACUGGAUCUGCCAUGGGAUUGGUGGCUUCGGCAUCGGCACCGCGUUGCCGACGGUCAUUUAUGAGCUGGGCUUCACGACUACCUCCAACUCGCAGUUGAUGAACAUUCCUCCUUACGUCUGUGCGUUCCUCUUUCUGAAUGUCUUGGGUCACUUUUUACAUAAAAAGACCAUUCGACCUUGGACGACGGCUGUAGCUACCGUGUCAUGCGCGGGCUCCGCGUAUCCAACGAUAUGGCCAGAACGGAUUCGCGCACUGGAGGGGACAGUUGCUUCAGGACUUGGUAUCGGUUGGACAAAUGCGAUGGCGCAGUUUAGUGGAAUAGCUGGUCCUCAUGUCUUCAGUACAGUAUUUGGUCCAACCUACUACGUGUCGUAUGGUAUCUGCCUUGCAUUUCUAAGCACGGCGAUUGUAUCCAUUCUCACAUCGUGGAUAUUGGUCAAGCGAAAGGAUGAGAGGAUGAGAGGAUGAGAGGAUGAGAGUGGAGCAGAGGUAGUAGAAGUCCCUAUUUUGAUGCAAUUAUCUGUACAUCAUGUAUGAAGAAAUGAUAGACAACUCGUAGAAUGAAGAAUUAAAACCGAAAGAUGUAAAAGAAAAAGAAAAAGAAAAAAAGAGGCACAAUUAACAUCCACAUCUCAUCAUUAAAUGCGAAUGGAUAUUAAAAAAUACCUGGUCCUGGUGGGGAUUGAACCCACGACCUAUGCAUAUCUCACUACAAGAUUGUAUAAGAGCACCAUGCUAACCACUGCACCACAGGACCGGUGAAUUUCUUCCUCUUCAAAGAAGAAAUUGGAUAAUUAUCGGC